AUGACAGUGGAUAUACAUUUAUGGGCCGAUUCAAUACUUAUCAGAGCUCUAACUGUACUAAUUAUCCUAACUUUACUUUACAUUACUAUCAUAUACUUGGCUGAUCAUUUUGUAAUAAAAACGUAUCCAUUCAUCACUACACCAAGUUCGUCAUCAAUUGACAACGAAAUAGAGGAUUCACCCAGCCUACAAAACCUGCCACGACUGCUCAGAUUACGAAAGGAAGCCUUUUAUAUACAAUACAACAACAGUUCCCAAUUUCUACGUCGUGACUCAUUUGCGGUAAAUGAAUUUUAA